AUGUCCAUCACCCGCACGCUCAACUGGUACGAGUCGGAGGCCGGCGCCAAGCUCAUCGCUAGCAACAACUGGCAGCUCCAGUCCCAAGACGUUGCUCCCAUCACCCAAAUCUCGUGGACUGAGGAGUAUGCCUUGGGCUGGAUGGCCAAGGUGCCCACCGAUGGCUUCCGCGUCAACAUUCUCGGCAUGUGGCAGCCCUGCAACAAGGGCGAGACGUACGACAUCAACAAUCUCGACUUUUGGGAGAGGUCGAGCAAGCCUGGCGAGCCCGGCUAGCUCGGUGUUGGCAAGAUCAAGUACUCGUAUCCCCAGGUUCCCGGCAUCCACACCAUUGUCGGUGUCAAUAAUGCAUUGACUGGCCGAUUCGAGCCCGUUUUUAUUGAUCGCACCGCCCUGCCCGAGGGCUCCACGGCCAAGUACCAACCCCAGGAGACGGUGACGUGGUGGCUCGAGUCCAACAACCGUACCAGCCAGGUCUUCAGCACUACGAAGUCGGACUCCACCAUGUAUGACUUUAGCAACCCGAGCGACUCUAUCACGAGAGUGUACGAGUGGUUGACAUCGUAUGUUGCCGGCAACUCCAACCCUUCCCUGAGAACCACAUUGUCAAACUCAAAAACAGUGCUUCCGAAAGCUCCCUCAGAGACGCCAUCAAACGUGUCAAGGCGAGCAACACAAAGCACAUUUACCGCUCCGGCCGCUUCAACGGUUUCG